AUGGACUCCUUCGCAGAGCCCUACACUCGCCAGGGCGACGACAUCUCUAUCGCCAAGGUCCGCGAGGGCAUUGCGACACUCGAGGAGCAACACCGCCGCAUAGGCAUACCGCUGUCGGGGCGUAUCAUCCACGUCUGCCACUAUCUCCCAAUAACCGCCACUUUUCUGUCGAAGAACGCCGCACUCGGCGUCCUCAGCCCACCAGCAACACCGCCGACAAAGCCCACCGAUGUCGAGGCCCCACAGGUCAUCCCAUCCUCGGUGUUCUCAACAGAGCCAGCAGCAGUAGACGAGCCGCUGUCUGAGCACCAGCCAACAUGGUCGCUGUCACCGCGCUACGGCCACGCAGCGAUGAUCUCGGGCAUUCGAUCCAUGUCACAGACCCAUGAACAGCUCAUAGUCGGCUGGACAGGGGACAUCAUGGCCUCGCCCACAGACAAGGUGCCGGUCGACAACGUGUCGCUGAAGGAGCGAGAAGAGUUCGAAGUUGCAUUGAAGAACUAUCUCCCUAAGGAGAAUGACCCCGAUGACCAGCGCGACAGGAAGACGAAGUACGUCCCUGUGUGGUUGGAGGACAAGGUGGCCCAUGGGCACUACGACGGGUACUGCAAGACCACCCUCUGGCCUCUAUUCCACUACCUCCUCUGGCAAGACGUUGCGACGGAAUACGCCUCCGCCGACUCCCACUACCCCUACUACGAAUCCGCCAAUGCCGCCUUUGCGCGAAAGAUCGCAGAGGUCUACCAGCCUGGCGAUUUGAUCUGGGUGCACGACUACCAUCUCCUUCUCGUCCCAAGACUCGUCCGCGAAUCCAUCCCAGAUGCCGUCCUCGGGCUGUUCGUGCACACGCCUUUCCCGAGCAGCGAGGUCUUCAGGUGCCUACCCCGCCGAAAGGAAAUCCUCGAUGGAAUGCUCGGCGCGAACCUCGUCUGCUUCCAAACCUACUCCUACUCCCGUCACUUCAUCUCAACAUGUAUCCGUGUAUGCGGUUACGAAACCACAACCCGAGGAAUCGACGUAGAAGGUCAUGUUACAGCCGUCAUGCACUGCCCUGUGGGUAUCGAUGCCGAGCGGGUGGCGAGAGAUAUCACUCGACCUGGUAUCAAGCCCAAACUCGACGCUCUCCGUAAUUUGUACGAGGGAAAAAAGAUCAUUGUCGGUCGCGAUAAGCUCGAUGUCGUAAAAGGUGUCCUUCAGAAACUUCGCGCAUUCGAGAAGCUCCUGCAGGAUUACCCUCAGUGGAUCGGCAAUGUCGUCAUGAUACAGGUGACGAGCCCUGCGCUGACCGACUCGCCCAAGCUCGAGCGGAUGGUCAGCGAGCUUGUCGCGCACAUCAACGGAGAGUACGGAAGCUUGGACUUCAUCCCUGUGCAUCACUACCACCAAACGCUCAAGAAAGACGAGUUCUACGCCCUCUUGAGCGUCGCUGACCUCGCUGUCAUCACUCCUCUGAGAGAUGGCAUGAACACGACCAGCAUGGAGUUCGUCAUUGCUCAAGACUCUACAGGCAAGAGCCCGAGCGUGCUCAGCGAAUUUAUGGGUAUCAGCAAGAACAUGGAGGAUGCGCUACUCGUUAACCCUUGGAACCUUGGGGACGUCGCUGCUGCCAUCAACAAGGGUCUGAUCAUGGCUCCUGAGGAGAAGGCUGCUCGCCACGCAAAGCUCUACAAAACCGUCACCACCCACACAUCGCACACCUGGGCCGCCGUCCUCGUCAAGAUGCUCCUCGGUCAACUCGGUCUGUCCGGCAUGGCCCGUCAAACGCCCUACAUCCCGAAAGACCAACUCGAGGGCUUGUACGCUAAGGCGAAGAAGAGGCUGUUCUUGUUCGACUACGACGGCACACUCGCGCCUAUUGUCAAGACGCCCUCGAUGGCCAUACCUUCCGAGGCGACAUUGGAGGCGCUCGAGAAGCUCUCAUUGGACCCGCGUAACGUGGUGUACAUUAUUUCUGGACGGGAUGGCGCAUUCCUGGAGCAGCAUCUUGGUCAGCUGAAGAAUGUUGGAUUCUCAGCGGAGCAUGGUGGCUUCGUGAGAGAGCGCGGGUCGGCAGAGUGGGUCAACUUCACGAAGAGUCUGGACAUGAGCUGGAUGGCGGAGGUCGAGGAGAUCUUCAAGUACUAUACUGAGCGAACGACGGGCAGCCACAUUGAGGUGAAGAAGAGCUCGAUUACAUGGCAUUAUCGAGGAAGCGAUCCAGAGUGGGGCCAGUUCCAGUGCAGACAAUGCCAGGACUUGCUCGAGAACAACUUGGCGCAUAAGCGUCCAAUCGAAGUUCUCGUUGGAAAAAAGAACCUCGAAGUCCGACCAGUGGCCGUCAACAAGGGCGAAAUCGUCAAGCGCAUACUCUACAUGAACCCCGACGCCGAGUUCAUUUUCUGCGCCGGCGACGACAAGACCGACGAAGACAUGUUCCGCGCGCUACUGCUCUUCCCACCUGACGUUGAGCGCGUCACGAUGGAGGCGCCAGUUGCCGUCACCCUCAUCGACGAUGCCAACGCGAAGCCCGUCGAGCUCGCCAUCCGCCCAGAGGCCGUGUUCACCACCGCCGUUGGUCAUAGCAGCAAGAGGACGCUGGCGAGCUGGCACGUCACGACCCCGCAGGAGAUCGUCGAGCAUAUGCUAGAGCUGGUGAAGGACGUUCCGUACGCGCCAUCGCCUAGGAACCCCGGCACGCCGCGUACGGCUGAACCACCCCAGGAAGAGGAGGUCAAGGAGAAAGCUAACCUUUGA